UUCAUCACCUCUGAUUUAUUACCUCUGUUAUGCUGUGUCAGAAGGAUUAGCUUCCUUCUCCCUUGACUCUCUUGCAUCAUCCCAUGACACCCUUGCAUGCGCACUUCUCAGUCAGAACACCUGCGAUGUAUACUUCUUUCAAGCCAAAAUGGUGGUAGUUCGCUGAGAAAUUCAUGCUAAUUAUAAUACCCAACAUAACAGCUGGGUGAUGCUGCAAGGCCCCGAAGGCUUUGUUCGACUACCCAAUGAGCAUCAUUUGUUCGCCUCUCCUCCGCGGACCACUCUGUCUCUGCAGCCCCUAGGCUCUACCGCCAGCAAGGAUUCCUUUUCCAAGCAAAGCAAUGCUGGCCGAGUCUACCUGACAAAUCAGAGGAUCGUUUACAUUCCCGCGCAACAAACGAAAGAGUUUCAAUCGUUUUCCGCACCAUUACUUAAUGUCCAUGACGCCCAUGUCACUGCACCCUUCUUUGGGCCCAAUGCAUGGAUUGCUCUGGUCCAGCCGGUAUCUGGAGGAGGCAUCCCUGCGUCUUUGCCUGCUGUGCAGCUCAAGGUGACAUUCAAAGAAGGAGGGGCGUUCGAUUUUCAUAACAAUUUUGAAAGAAUCAAGGAGCGUCUACAACAGGCUGUCGAGAAUACGCAGGCGAGCAGUCGAGGUGCCCAAAAUGUUGACAUGUCUGCAAUCCAUCUCGACGAGCUACCUGCGUACACCGGGCCAUCGGGUGGCACAUCUGGGGCUGUCCACAGCACUGCACAGGAACCUGUGAGUUCACAGUCUCAUCACACAGGGCCAGAGGCGGGUUCGGAGCCAAUGGAGCCCCCACCGGAUUAUGAAGAGGUGCAGCAGCAAAGUGUGGUGGAUGCAUUCGAAGAGAGACUGCGUCUAGGCAAUUAAAGCCAGGGCUGGUGCGUUCUUCCAUGCUUUCUUCCAUGACUA